ACGUGCCAUAUGAAGGGCCUUUCCAUUCCAAAGCCUGUUGCUUUAGAUUCGCUCGAGUGUUUUUAAUGUGCGUGCAGCCUAAAGCGAGGCCGAUAUACAGCUGCGCGAAAAUUGACGUUCAUUUCGUCAGUUAUCUCAUCUGCUGUUCGUCUCUCACGCGCUUGUUGAGUUUUUACGCGUUUCCUUCCUCUUUUUUCCAUUGCCUCAUCUCGUAGCGUGCACUCGUAGGCCAACGCUAGUGUACCAAGGGUACUCGAGCAGCUUUACUUCGUGCGACGACUCUGCAGGGAUCGCGCGCUAAAUUUUUCCCUCCCAUAGUGUGCUCUUUCCACUGUUUCGCCAACUGUCGCUUUUCUCCUGCCACAUUUGACCAAUCCACCUUCAAUCAAACGUCCACGAUGCAACAAACAGCCUUCGGAUCCGAAGGAGCGAGCUGGCCAGGUACGCGACAAGAUUUAGCCGUGAUGGGCAGGCCGAGAAUGUACGAACCGCUGCCAAUAACGAGACCGCCCAUACCCGGAGUCCACGUCGCCGCCCCAUCCGCACCACCGGGUGGCUGGCAAAUGCCGAAUACGACAUCUCAACCAGGGUUGGAAUCCCUUACGCACCUUGAUAAAAUAUUCAUUGAUCAACACGUGGAGAAUCUCGAAAUUUGGACUGGUUUUCACGGGGAAAACAAGUACACGAUAAUGAACUCUGACGGUCAGCCACUUUUUCACAUGAGAGAGGAAUCGUCGUUUCUGGACCGGAUGUGUUUUGGUAGAUCGCGUAGAUUCAAGAUCAAAGUGUACGAUAAUUCAGCACAAAAUGUAUUCCGUCUCGAAAGUCCCAUGAAUUGCUGCUCUGCGGAAAUUGAUGUCUACGUGGGUAAUAGCUUCAUCGGACAUUUGAAACAGAGUUACUGUACGCUUAGUCCGAAAGUCGAGGUUGAGUGUGCGCAAGGAAUGCCGUUGUUCCAAAUUGAGGGUCCUUGCUGCGGAUGCAGUUGUUUAUGGUCAUCUGAAUACCAGGUGUUCUCGGCUGAUAGAUCCCGCCAAAUUGGGGUUAUUUCAAGGGAAUGGCCAGGCAUAGAACGAGUGCUGUUCACUAAUGCUGAUAUUUUUGGUGUUUCGUUUCCAAGGGAUCUCAACGUUAAUCAUAAAGUUCUUUUGAUCGGCUCCACCUUUCUUAUCGACCUUGCAUUUCACGAAGGCUACUAAUGAAGAUUAAACUGUCGGGAAAAGGAGAUUAUAUACUAUUAUCGAUAAUCAGCCAACGAAGAUUAUACGUCGCUGUACCUUUUGGGGUUUUAUCGAAAGAUUCGAUCGAGUCUUGGUGCAAACGACAGCUUCUGCUGUCCCGAGGUCGGCGAGUCCGUAGCACAAGGGUAUCCUCGUUGACGUUACGUUACUGAAAACCAUCUUCGUUAUUUUUCAUAAUUAUUUUUACAACAGUACAAAUUUUUAUGCUCAUGGUGUUUGAGGUUCUGCUCCACCAUAAUAUUACAUCACUAGUGCUUGUCACGAUGGAUUACAAAAAAAAUUGAGCCCUUGUGCUGAAACCCUGAUUAGAAACAAUUCCUGUUUCAUUUUAUAAUAAUUGAGAUUGUUAUGUUUUCGCAGCAAUGAUAGUCGGGAGGAAUAAUUUCUUCCCUCAGGGAGUCCUUCGACAAAUGUUUUUAUGCCGAUAUAACGAAUAACAAAUAUUUUUAUGAAAUUUAUACAGUAAAAACGUGAUUUUCCUAGAUUCUCAUCUAGUAUUCAAGUUCCAUUAAUUUUGAAGAGAAGUUCAACACUUUCGACGGGUGUUUAUUGCGCUCGUUUGAAAACUUGAUUCUCAAAUGUACGUAACGAAAUGUCGUACGUAAAAAAAAAACUUCCAAAAAUUAUGAACGAAAAUU